UGCCUCUGUGGUGGAUAGUGGAGUGUUUCUCAUGUGUUAUUGUUGUGCUGGAUAUCCCUUCACUGGUAGCCUGGUAACAUACACUCCCAGGUCUUUCUCUGCCUCUGUGGUGGAUAGUGGAGUGUUUCCCAUGUGGUAUUGGUGUGCUGGAUAUCCCUUCACUGGUAGCCUGGUAACAUACACUCCCAGGUCUUUCUCUGCCUCUGUGGUGGAUAGUGGAGUGUUUCCCAUGUGGUAUUGGUGUGCUGGAUAUCCCUUCACUGGUAGCCUGGUAACAUACACUCCCAGGUCUUUCUCUGUGGUGGAUAGUGGAGUGUUUCCCAUGUGGUAUUGGUGUGCUGGAUAUCCCUUCACUGGUAGCCUGGUAACAUACACUCCCAGGUCUUUCUCUGUGGUGGAUAGUGGAGUGUUUCCCAUGUGGUAUUGGUGUGCUGGAUAUCCCUUCACUGGUAGCCUGGUAACAUACACUCCCAGGUCUUUCUCUGUGGUGGAUAGUGGAGUGUUUCCCAUGUGGUAUUGGUGUGCUGGAUAUCCCUUCACUGGUAGCCUGGUAACAUACACUCCCAGGUCUUUCUCUGUGGUGGAUAGUGGAGUGUUUCCCAUGUGGUAUUGGUGUGCUGGAUAUCCCUUCACUGGUAGCCUGGUAACAUACACUCCCAGGUCUUUCUCUGUGGUGGAUAGUGGAGUGUUUCCCAUGUGGUAUUGGUGUGCUGGAUAUCCCUUCACUGGUAGCCUGGUAACAUACACUCCCAGGUCUUUCUCUGCCUCUGUGGUGGAUAGUGGAGUGUUUCCCAUGUGGUAUUGGUGUGCUGGAUAUCCCUUCACUGGUAGCCUGGUAACAUAUACUCCACAACUUUCUACUCAUGCUCAUCCCUAUACUGUCCAAACCCCUUAUGCAAGAGUUAACCAGCAUCUUCACUCUUUCAUCCCUCACGCUGGUAAACUCUGGAACAAUCUUCCUUCAUCUGCAUUUCCUCCUGCCUACGACUUGAACUCUUUCAAGAGGAGGGUAUCAGGACACCUCUCCUCCCGAAACUGACCUCUCAUUUUGGACACUCCUUUAACCUCUGUUCGGGAGCAGUGAGUAGCGGGCUUUUUUUAUUCUUUGUGCCCUUGAGCUGUCUCCUUAGCUGUAAAAAAAUAAAUAAAUAAAAAAGAUUAGUUAUACACUUUUAAGACUUGCCCGGAAAUGUGAUCCCUAUGGCUUUCCUUCCGUCUAAAGGUUCUGUCAGCCUCGACAGUUCCCCUUUCUCAACCUUUACAUAAUUUAGCUUCUCUUCAGUAUGGUUUUGGAGCCCCUGUCAAAGUCGGUCUCUUUCAUAAACACUUUAUGAACAUUUUUAUUUUAAUAUUUCUGGAAUUUCUUCGUCCUUCUCGUAGAAUACACUUUUUUCUUUAAGUGUUUCCACUCCUGCAUUUAUUUCUUACUUCCUUUUCCUUCCCUUCCUUCCUUUCCUUUCCCUUCCUUCCUUCCUUUCCUUUCCUUUCCCUUCCUUCCUUUUCUUUCCUUUCCUUUCCCUCCUUCCUACCUUCCUUUCCCUUCCCUUCCUUUUCUUUCCUUUCCCUUUUCCUUCCCUUCCUUCCUUUCCUUUCCCUUCCUUCCUUCCUUUCCUUUCCUUUCCCUUCCUUCCUUUUCUUUCCUUUCCUUUCCCUCCUUCCUACCUUCCUUUCCCUUCCCUUCCUUUUCUUUCCUUUCCCUUUCCCUUCCCUUCCC